AUGGGGGGCAGCAGGAAGGGGCGCUCAGGGCUGGGCUGGCAAGGGGCCUGCGCAUUGGCUGCCCUCCUGCUCUGGCUGCGCCUCCCACCGCUGAGCGCCCAGACCACGCCAUCCAAUCAAAACCUGGCUGAAGUAUGCGGGAAGACUGGAAAAACUGGGAGAAUCUACGGAGGUACGAGGGCAGAGCCAGAACGGUGGCCAUGGCAGGCCAGUCUGCUUCUAAAUGGCCAACACGUCUGUGGAGCCUCCCUCAUCGCCAGCAACUGGGUGGUAUCUGCAGCUCACUGUUUCCAAAGGUGCAUUUCCUCACCCCAGACCAGCAACUACUACCACAUCCUGCUGGGGUACAACCAGCUCAGCAAGCCCACCAACUUCAGCCGGAAGAUGUCCGUCAGUAAGGUCUUCGUCCACCCAGAGUAUGACAAGAGGCACCGCUUCGGGAGCGACAUCGCCUUGUUGCAGCUGCACCGGCAGGCAGCCUUCAACUCGCACAUCCUCCCUGCCUGCGUCCCAGAGGCCAACCUACAUCUCUAUGUUGAUACUGCCUGCUGGAUCAGUGGCUGGGGGAUGAUCACUGAGGAUGGUGAGCAGCCCAAGGCGUUGCAGCAGGCCAAGAUCUUCACCAUGGAAAACCAAAUGUGUAGUUCGUUUUUCCCACCUCCACCGAAUGCCGACCCCUCUGACAUUGUGACAGUCCAGGAAGAGAUGAUUUGUGCUGCAGACUUCCGGAAUCCCCCGUCCAUCUGCAGAGGAGAUUCAGGGGGUCCUCUGGUCUGCUUCCUGAACAACUCCUGGUUCUUGGUGGGAGCAACGAGCUGGAGUGCUCCAUGCUUUCCACCCAUCAUGCCCAGCGUCUUCACCAGGAUCUCCUACUUCUCCAACUGGAUCAAAUCCACCCAGGCGGCCACGCCCAACGCUGACCUUGCCACCGCCCCUCCUGAAGAAAAGGCCCCCGCAUUGACUACCAUGGGUGGCAAGGGCACCAUCCUCAGGCCAAGAGUCUUCCUGGUGUUGCUGUCACCUGCAACCCUGCUGCUGCUGCUUCUCCUCCAGAGCCUGUGA